UCCGCUUCGUUGUCUGCGGCAGAACAAAAUAUACACAAUUUAAUUCAUUUAAUGUAUGUUUAAUAGAAUAAUUCGAAUUCGAAUAAUAUUAUUAAAACACAGCAAAUUACAUCUUUAGAGCGUCCUCGUUUUACCGAUAUGGUCUAAAUUAUCCAGUAAACAUGUGAAGUAAAUACAGUGUUCUGAUGGGGCAAUGAUGUGUACUGAUGGAAGGGUGGAGCGGACAGACACAACAAAAAACUAUUUCUAGCAACAAAUUGUAAGAAAAAAGAAACAACAAAGACAAAAAGUAAACAAAAUUGAAAGGCGCCUUCAACUGGUCAUUGGGGAAGAGGAAAACCAAUUUAAGUUGGGACAGAUCUUAAGAUGUCCAACGAUGUUCAUUUGGCCAAAGUGAGUAAAAUCCACAGAAAUGUCACAACAAAGGGUGCAAUCACUAGCCGCAGUAACUUCCGUCUGAAUAACAAAGGAGGAGGCGGCGAAGUUAUUGACGAUAUACGCCCUUCUACGGAUGAAGAGUAUUUGUUUGGCAGCAUAAGCCCCAGGGGCGGCGGUUGUAUCACAAUGGCACAACACUUUUCUGGAGGAGAUUUAUUGGAUUCUCCAGAUCACACGCAACGUGACACAACUGAAAGCGAUAACAACAUAAGUUCCUGUUCUACAUUGGAUAUUGUUAACAAGGUGGAUAAUCUUUCCCUGCAACAACUAGAGGCUAAGGUACGCGAACUUACACAACUGCUAAUCCAGACUGAGGAGCAAAAAUCUGCGAUCCAACAACAACUCGAAGAUUGUAAAGCUGAGAAGGAACUAUGUCUGCGUAGACUUGAAGUUGUAAGCGCUGCUCAUGAGUGUCGCAUAACGGAAAUGCACUGCGUCAUUGCCGAGUUAAGCAAGAAACUUCGCAACAAACAAGAAUCUACGAUAUUAGAAGAGCAGGAGCCCGAAGGCAGUGAGAUCAGUUACCAAGAGGGCUCUGUCUACAACUCUGAGCUAAAUUUGACAAAUCCCGACGCAGAAUGCCAAACUGAUCCUCUUGAAGAAGCGGAGUAUUCGCAUGCAGAAGUUGACCAUAAUUUAUGUAGUGAGGUAACAGAUGAAAUAAAACUCUCUGACAUAAACUACAAGGCACAAGUUGAGGCACUGCAAGAAGAAAUACUGCACUUGAAGGCACAGGUGGCUUUGUUACAAUCGGAGGUCAAUGCCAACUGUACAUCUGGCGUAGCCGUCGGGUCCGCUGUAGAAGAGCCUCCAAGCAUUGAACACUUUGGCGCCGAUGUUGCCACUCAAAGUUUGGAUUCCCCUUCGCUGCAACUAACGCACAAAGACAUUGAUGAUCAAGUGCUUAACGACUUAAAUAACACGUCGACACUUACGGCCGUCGAAGAUACCUAUGUUACUAGUCCACACAAAACUCCUGCAAUUCCUAAAAUGGCUGAACGAGUUCGCUUGAAAUGUGCGAGCAAAACGGAAGUGGACAACAUAACAGGCAUGGAUCUGAGGAAUAUGGAGAUUAAAAACGCCAACAUUGUUGAGCAUUUGGUCUCUGACUUAAAACAAAACAACAGCACCUUAAUGGAGUCUUUCACCGAACCCUCGCAGUUGGACAAUGAACUGCAGCGCUUGCAACGAAAAGUAGAACACUUGAAAGUUCAAAACACGGUACUGUCACUGACCCUAGACGAAUCCAAGGAGCAUUGUGAACGCCUAUACUUGUUGUGCGGCAAAUAUGAGUCGAAUGCGAUAGCUUUGCAGGUGGCCUUAAACUGUAGUGAUCGUGCAAUUGAAGCAUAUGAUGUUAUGCUCGCUUUACUGGAAAGCAAAUUGGGCCUCAUCAAGGAGAAAUCAUCAGCUGCCGAAGAAAGUAGAAAAGCUGUAGAAUCUGUAGCCAGACAUUUGUUGGAUCGCUUAGAAAGCGAAAAAAACAUUUGUGAAAAUAGUUUAGGCCCCUGGCAAAAUAGUUUUAGUAUUCCCGACAAAGUGUCUUCAAAGCCAUGGACACCGGAAGAUGACAACCGUCUGCGUUACCAUGUAUCAAAACUAAAAGGUAGACGUUCGAAUGUACAAAAUACCAUUGUACAGUUGGAGUCGCCAUUCAGCGAUUCAUUUGAGAAGUCACGGCUAGCUUUGGAAAACAAAAAGGAAUUAAGUGGAAACAAAGAAAAAUCCUCAGCUGUAGAUUUGGAAAUGGCUGUUUUAAUGCAGGAACUAUUGAAUCUACGUGAAGAGAACAUAGCUUUGAAGAUGAAAACAGAACAGGCAGAACGAGACAAACAAUAUGCCAACGAUCGAAUAGAAGUUUUGCACGAAGCGUUGAGUAACUUUAAACAGCUGCAACUACAAUUCAACUCGGAUUCAUCGGAAUUGUUCAAUCAUCAACACCACCAACGGCAAAGCCAUGUGGAACAGCAACGAGCAUCCUAUUCUGAGGCGGAGCAUGCUGCUCUUACUGAGCAGCAGUUGAUCGAAGCACUUGGCAGAGAAACUGAACUCAAAGGACGUAUACAGUGUCUAAUUGCUUCUGUGACAGAAACGCAAAAAAUGUCAGAUGAAAAAUACGAACAUCUGCAUACAAGUGUUAGGGAAUUACAAAAAACCAAUCAGAGUCUUACACAAAUUAUUGAGCAGAACAAACGAAAAUACCAAACUCGAAUACGUCGGUUGGAACAGAAAAUUAUGGAUAUUACACUGGAAAUGGGCCGCCAACAACAGCUGACCAGUGAUAUUCCACAGGUAGCAUUCGGCGCAAAUAAAUACAAGUACAGACAGCAUGUUUCGACACAUAACUCAAACGCGACCCCACCACUCACAUCCUCUUCGGCCCAUCUAAGGCAUGUGGAAAAUGUUCCCGAAACAACAUUGUAGUAGAAGGGAACACUCAAUUUCCUAAAUGCAUAUCUCCGUUUUGACAACCGUCUUUAACAAAAACAAAUUAAAAUGUAUUUUUGUGCCCAUAUUUACACACCUAGUACUCUUAUUUUUUUAUUAUUCCUACUCUUCGAUACAUGUCUGUAUUUUUGCUAUUAAUUCUUAUGUUACUGAAGUUUGGUGAUACCCAUUUUGUAGAACGCGUAAUAACUAACAUUAUACACACACACACAUAUGUGCCAUUCGUUAUCAAGUUUAGCUUUGUAAAAACAUUUCACAAAAACAGCAUUACUGGAGCAUUUGUUUAAUUUUCUUUAAUUAUAUUAUCAGAAAUACAAACAAACUAUUGCAAUAAUACACUUAUUAAAACAUACAUACUUACCUUAAUAGCAAUGUUAGCCCUUUAGCAAGAGAUGUUGAAUGUAAACUGAAUAUUUAAUACCAAUGAUGAUGAUUAUGUCGAAAAGUGCAGCUUCAAUUUGCUUUUUUGUAAAAAAUAUACAUAAAUAUAUAAAAUAUAUAACGGAA